AACACACAAAACAGUGUCGUCCAUUUGUUUUUAAUGCUCUGAAAGCCUCUCCUUUAAGCCAUCCCUCACUCUCCUUUCCAUAUUCUCUUUCAAACAAUUCUUUCCUCCCCAUGGCGUCUCUAAUUCUUUUUCUUCUUCCUGUUAUAUCUUUUUUCUUCAUUACGCCGUCGAAUUCAGCCACCGAUUCCUUCGUUUUCGGCGGCUGUUCGCAGCUUAAAUACACGUCGGGCUCCCCUUAUGAGUCCAACGUGAAUUCCAUACUCACUUCACUGGUUAACGCCGCCAUGUACACCUCUUACAGUAAUUUUACAGUACCUGCUGCUGCGGGCACAGCCUCUCAGAACACAGUAUACGGCCUGUUCCAGUGCCGGGGAAACCUAGACGGCGGUGAUUGUAGCCGGUGCGUGGCGACAGCCGUGAGUCAAUUGGGUACUCUUUGCCUUGACUCGACAGGUGGGGCGUUGCAACUCGAGGGGUGUUUCGUUAAGUAUGAUAAUACGAGUUUCCUGGGCGUGGAGGACAAGGCUGUGGUGGUGAAGAAAUGUGGGCCGUUGAGUUCGUCUUACUCGGACGAAUCGACUCGUCGUGAUGCGAUGUUGGGUUACUUGGGAUCGAGUGAUGGGACAUACAAGCCGUUCCGAGUUGGCGGAUCAGGGGAUUUACAGGGUGUGGCACAGUGUGUUGGGGAUUUGAGUCCGAGUGAGUGCCAAGAUUGCUUAUCGGAGGCGAUCGAACAGCUCAAAACAGAGUGUGCGGCGGCCAAAUGGGGUGACAUGUACUUAGCCAAGUGCUACGUGCGGUACUCGGAAGGUGGAAGCCACUCCCACAGCAGAAACGAUACGAACGACGACGAUGAUGAGAUCGAGAAGACGCUGGCAAUUCUAAUAGGACUCAUUGCAGGAGUUGCUUUGCUCAUACUCUUUGUAUCAUUUUUAUCAAAGCUCUGUGAGAAAGGCAAAGGGGGUAAAUAAAUAAACACGCUGCUAAGGAUAUAAUUAAGAACCCUUUUAAUCUGGUGCCUUUGAUCAAAGUGAAUAGAAAGUUGCGGUUUAAGA